CCUACGGACAUUGGAUAAGUAGAAUAGCCUGAAGAAACAUAGAGCUCAAAUUUCAUUUUGGUAAAGAGAGACAGAAAGGAAGAGAGAGAUGGCGAGUGCAGUUAACUGUUGCUUGUCUUCUUCGUGCUUCUCUCUUCAGUCAAAGCUCAAUAGCCUUUCACUCAGAAACAGCACCAACUCUUCUUCUUAUGCUUUGCAUCAACAUUCCAGUGCUUUUAAGACUCUAAGUUUCUCCAACAACCUCUCUCACAAUUUCUUCUCCAAAGGGUGUCUGUCUUUUAGCACAAUGACUCAGAAUCCCAUUCGUCGAACUGUUCUUUGUGAGGCUGCACCAAAAAAGAAGGCUGAUUCAGCUGCUAAGAGAGCUCGUCAGGCUGAGAAAAGGCGAAUUUACAAUAAAGCAAGGAAAUCUGAAGUCAGAACCCGGAUGAAGAAGGUUUUGGAGGCACUGGAUGUACUCAGGAAAAAACCUGAUGCACAAGCUGAAGAAAUCUUCUCAAUUGAGAAACUAAUUGCCGAGGCAUACUCUGUGAUCGAUAAAGCAGUAAAAGUGGGAACACUGCAUAGGAACACUGGAGCACGCAGAAAGUCACGUCUUGCUAGGAGAAAGAAGGCUGUAGAGAUCCACCAUGGCUGGUAUACCCCAGCUUCAGCAGGAAAUGCCGCAUAGUUGACUGAUGAGCACGUUGAGAAAUCAUUCUUUUGUUUCUUAGGCAGAGAACCCUAACUGUUAUUUUUUGUUAUACCAUCUUCUGCUUUGUUACUUAAAUGCAUUUCUCUUUAACCUAUUUCAUCUUCUCUCUAAUUUGACUGAAGAUCAUGUUAUGUUGAGUUUGUAAAUUUUCUGGACAUUGCUGAUACUUCUGAAUUGAACCAGCAUGUCCAGUUGUAUCUUCCAGAAUCUGUCUCACCAAGCAUUCCCUCUC